GUCCUGCUCCGUUUCUACAGACAGAGGAGAGGAACCAGGAGAACACCACCACCAGUCUCCUCCAACACACAACCUGACCCUACUGGAGAGGUUGACUGUAUGUAUGAGGAGAUCAGAGAGGCAGACAGACAGACACACACACUACCUGUGGUCAUCUCUUCAGUCUACUCUACUGUCAACUCACCUACCAACUCUACAACCUACCCUGCUGACCAAGCCUCUACAACCAACCCUGCUGGCCAAACCUCUACAACCUACCCUGCUAGCCAAGACUCUACAACCUACCCUGCUGGCCAAGACUCUACAACCCACCCUGCUGACCAAGCCUCUACAACCCACCCUGCUGGCCAAGCCUCUACAACCCACCCUGCUGACCAAGCCUCUACAACCAACCCUGCUGGCCAAGCCUCUACAACCCACCCUGCUGACCAAGCCUCUACAACCAACCCUGCUGGCCAAGCCACCGGUCUCCCACGCUGUGACAUCUAUGCUAACACUAGCUGCCGCAAAGAUGAUAUAAGAUGCCCUCCACUCUACAGCCCAGCUACCCAGAAUAAUGGAGGACUAUAGGAUCUACAGUAUACAGUAUAUAUGUUGGACCCCAGGAAGAGUACCUGCUGCUUUUGCAACAGCUACUGGGGAUCCUAA